CAGUUGCCCAUUUAAAAUUCUGAUAUUCAAGUACUAUUGUCUGCCACCACUCCCUCACUUCCGUGUGCCCAUCCACCCACGCCUUCACCAUUGACUUCCAAAAUUCAUACCAUUUUACACACAUCAAACCCACCCAACAAACUCUCCCUUUCCACUUUCCAAGCUUCUCUAAGCAACAUAUGCGGUUUUAAUGGCGGUGUCCUUAGGGACCUUCAGUUAUAAUAACAGGCUAUGGGACUCUGUCCUUGAUUUAACGAAGAAAUCUCAGGAUAAAGGCAGUGAUCCGUUGAUAUGGGCGAUUCACCUUUCAUCCCAAUUAAACUCGGCUGGUGUCUCUCUUCCUUCCACAGAUUUAGCAGACCUUUUAGUUUCUCACAUUUGUUGGGAGAACAACAAUCCGAUUUCAUGGAAGUUUCUGGAAAAGGCGUUGAUCUUCAACAUCGUUCCUCCUUUACUUGUUCUCGCUCUUCUAUCUACCAGGGUUAUUCCUAUGCGACGUGAUCAACCAGCAGCAUUUCGACUGUAUAUGGAACUCCUUAAACGACAUGCUUUUAAGCUCAAAUCACAUGUAGAAUUUCAAAAUUAUGAAGUGAUCAUGAAUUCAAUAGACAAUGUUCUCCAUCUUUCUCAGAUAUUUGGUAUGCAAGUGAAAGUGAAUGAUUCUGGGAGUUUGCUACUUGAGUUCAUCUUUUCGGUUGUUUGGCAGUUAGUAGAGGCAGCAUUAGGAGAUGAAGGGUUGUUGGAGGAAAGAAAAUUUAGAUGGAAUGUAGCUCAAGAUAUGGAAUUAGAAGUAGGUUAUGAUGGAAAGAGGAAUGAGUAUCAUGAGAUGUUACAAAGUAGAAAUACUAUAAUGGCUAUUGAACUCAUUGGACUUUUCCUUCAAAACAAAGUAACUUCAAGGAUUCUUCUUUUGGCACGCCGAAACAUGCCAACACAUUGGAGAAGUUUUAUCCAAGAUAUAGAGGUUCUUGUUGUAAAUUCUUCAUCACUAAGAAAUUCAAAGGUGAUUACACCAGAAAUUCUUCUUCAAUUAAUAUCAGAUGAUCGAAAAGUUGUGUCAGAGGAAAAUAAAUCAAGUUACUUGCAAGAAAUCCACACAGUAAUGUCUUCAUCUGCUGGUCUUUCUCAUAAAAUCAGUGGUUCUUCUUUAUGGAUUCCUCUUGAUCUUGUUCUUGAAGAUGCAAUGGAUGGAUCACAAGUUGACACAACAAGUUCCAUUGAAAUCGUUACACGUAUUGUAAAAGCUCUUCACGCCUUAAAUGGCAACACUUGGCAUGAGAUUUUUCUUGGUCUUUGGAUGGCAGCUCUUCGUCUUGUUCAAAGGGAAAGAGAUCCCAUUGAGGGUCCUAUGCCUCGUCUGGAUACUCGCUUAUGCAUGUUAUUGUCAAUUACAACUCUAGUGGUUUCUGAUCUAAUUGAGGAUGAUGAAACCCCAUUACAACACAAGUUAAAUAAUCAAACAAUAGAAAAUAAUAAAGAAACACGUCGUAGGGACUUGGUAUCAUGCUUACAGAGUUUGGGUGAUUAUCAGAGCUUGUUGACACCACCUCCUUUGGUUGUUUCUGAUGCCAAUCAGGCUGCUGCAAAAGCAAUGAUGUUUACUUCAGGCAUUAAUAUUGGUAGCAGUGCAUAUCUUGACUUCAUUGACAUAAAAGAUAUGCCAAUCAACUUCUCUGGAAACUUGCACCAUUUGAUAGUGGAAGCUUGUAUUGCAAGAAAUCUGUUGGACACGUCAGCGUAUUUCUGGCCAGGUUAUGUGACAGGUCACAUGAACCAAAUACCUCGUGGGGUCCCUACUCAAGUGCCUGGUUGGUCAUCAUUUAUGAAAGGAGCACCUCUUACUCCAAUAAUGAUGAAUGCUCUUGUUUCUGAACCCGCAUCAAGCUUAGCAGAGCUUGAAAAGGUGUUUGAGAUUGCAGUCAAAGGAUCAGAUGAUGAGAAAAUAGCUGCUGCUACUAUUCUCUGUGGUGCCUCUUUGAUUCGAGGUUGGAAUGUCCAGGAGCACAGUGCUUAUUUCAUUACAAGAUUGUUGUCACCUCCACUACCUGUAAACUAUCCAGAAAAUGACAGCCAUCUCAUAGCUUAUGCUCCUAUGCUUAAUGUCCUUCUAGUUGGUAUAGCACCCAUCGACUGUGUUCAGAUUUUCUCUCUACACGGACUCGUUCCACAACUGGCUGGUUCUUUGAUGCCACUCUGUGAAGUAUUCGGAUCAUGUGUACCAAACAUAUCAUGGACUCUCACCUCAGGAGAAGAAAUUUCUGCACACGCGGUGUUUUCAAACGCAUUUGCACUUCUCUUAAAGCUAUGGAGGUUCAAUCAUCCGCCUCUGGAAUACGGAGUAGGAGACGUACCUCCAGUAGGCUCCCAACUCACUCCCGAAUACCUUUUACUAAUGCGAAAUUCCCAAUUAGUCUCUUCUGGAUACGAGGAUCGAAACAGAAGACGAUUAUCUGCAGUGGCAAAAACGUCAUGUCCGAAUCCUAUAUUCCUUGACUCUUUCCCAAAAUUAAAAGCAUGGUAUCGACAACAUCAAGCGUGUUUGGCUUCUACACUUUCUGGGCUUGUUCAUUCUCCUGUUCAUCAGAUUGUUGAUGGCCUUUUGAAUAUGAUGUUUAGAAAGAUAAAUAGGGGCCAGCCAUUGAAUUCUGUUUCGGGAAGUAGUACUUCGUCUGGACCUGGUAGUGAAGAUUUGUCUUUAAGACCUAAAUUUCCUGCUUGGGAUAUUCUAGAAGCUGUCCCUUUUGUGGUUGAUGCUGCUUUGACAGCUUGCGACCAUGGCAGACUGUCUCCACGUGAGCUUUGUACAGGGCUUAAAGAUUUGGCGGAUUUUCUUCCUGCAUCUUUGGCGAUCAUUGUGAGCUACUUCUCAGCUGAAGUGUCGCGUGGUGUUUGGAAACCGGUUUUUAUGAAUGGGACAGAUUGGCCGAGUCCAGCUGCAAAUCUUUCAAAGGUUGAAGAACAUAUCAAAAAUAUAUUGGCUGCCACCCGUGUUAAUGUUCCUAGCCUUCUUGCAGGAAUAAGUUCCCCAGCUACCCUUCCACUUCCCUUAGCCGCCUUCGUCAGCCUAACAAUAACCUACAAACUCGACAAAGCAUCACAACGCUUCCUCAACCUCGCCGGCCCCGCCCUAGAGUCACUAGCCGCCGGUUGUCCAUGGCCAUGUAUGCCGAUCGUCGCCUCCUUAUGGACCCAAAAAGCCAAAAAAUGGAGCGACUUUUUAGUCUUCUCAUCUUCCCGUACAGUUUUCCUCCACAACAACAGCGCCGUCGCUCAACUCCUCAAAAGCUGCUUCACCGCCGCCCUCAGCCACAGCGGCGUCGGAGCACUUCUCGGACACGGCUUCGGCUCCAAUUUCUACGGCGAAAUAUCUCCGGUAGCCCCCGGAUUCCUUUACCUACGCGUCUAUCGCUCCAUCAGAGACAUCAUGUUCCUCAGAGAUGAUAUCAUCUCGUUGUUAAUCGAAUCCGUGAAAGAUAUAGCUUCGAAUAGCAAAACUAAAGGUAGAUAUGGACAAGUUUCAUUAGCGGCGAGUUUGACCAAGGUCAAACUCGCAGCCCAAUUAGGUGCUUCGAUUUUGUAUAUCUCCGGAGGUCAAGGUUUAGUUCAAUCUUUAAUAAACGAAACCCUACCUUCUUGGUUUAUCUCUGUUCAUAAAACCGAGGUAGAAGAAAGCUCAAAUGGGGCGAUGUCGAUGCUACGGGGAUACGCUUUGGCGCAUUUCACGGUGCUGUGUGGGGCGUUUGCGUGGGGGAUUGACUCGCGGCUAUCGGCGUCGAAGUGGCGGCCGAGGUUUUUAGAAUCGCAUAUGGAGUUUUUGGGAAGCGCGGUUAACGGGAAGAUAACGCUUGGGUGUGAUUCUGUUACGUGGCGGUGUUAUGUGACGGGGUUUGUGAGGUUGAUGGUGGGUUGUGUGCCGAAUUGGGUGGUGGAAGUUGAUCGGGAGGUUUUGAUGAGGCUGAGUAAAGGGUUGAGGUUAUGUAAUGAGGAAGAGCUUGCGGUUGGGUUGUUGGAGGCUGGUGGUGUUGGGACGAUGGGUGCGGCGGCUGAACUUAUCUGUCAGAUUGAUUCGUAGUUUUUGAUUUUGUAGAGUUUGAUUUUUUUGAUUUUGUUGUUUGGAAGUUUUGUAAAUUGUUGGAUGUAGAUGUAUAUUGGGUUUUUGUUAAUGUAGUGUAUUUAUGAGAA